AUGACUCCGGUUUCCAAAGAUCAGUUGUUUACUGAUGACACUCCGGUUUCCAAAGAUAAGUUGUAUACUGAUGACACUCUGGUUUCCAAAGAUAAGUUGUUUACUGAUGACACCCCGGUUUCCAAAGAUAAGUUGUUAACUGAUGACACUCCGGUUUCCAAAGAUAAGUUGUUUACUGAUGACACUCUGGUUUCCAAAGAUAAGUUGUUUACUGAUGACACUCCGGUUUCCAAAGAUAAGUGGUUUACUGAUGACACUCUGGUUUCCAAAGAUAAGUUGUUUACUGAUGACACUCCGGUUUCCAAAGAUAAGUUGUUAAUUGAUGACACUCCGGUUUCCAAAGAUAAGUUGUUUACUGAUGACACUCUGGUUUCCAAAGAUAAGUUGUUUACUGAUGACACUCCGGUUUCCAAAGAUAAGUUGUUAACUGAUGACACUCCGGUUUCCAAAGAUAAAGAUAAGUUGUUUACCGAUGACACUCCGGUUUCCAGAGAUAAGUUGUUUACUGAUGACACUCCGGUUUACAGAGAUAAGUUGUUUACCAAUAACACUCCUGUUUCCAAAGAUAAGUUGUUUACUGAUGACACUCCGGUUUCCAAAGAUAAGUUGUUUACUGAUGACACUCUGGUUUCCAAAGAUAAGUUGUUUACUGAUGACACCCCGGUUUCCAAAGAUAAGUUGUUAACUGAUGACACUCCGGUUUCCAAAGAUAAGUUGUUUACUGAUGACACUCUGGUUUCCAAAGAUAAGUUGUUUACUGAUGACACUCCGGUUUCCAAAGAUAAGUGGUUUACUGAUGACACUCUGGUUUCCAAAGAUAAGUUGUUUACUGAUGACACUCCGGUUUCCAAAGAUAAGUUGUUAACUGAUGACACUCCGGUUUCCAAAGAUAAGUUGUUUACUGAUGACACUCUGGUUUCCAAAGAUAAGUUGUUUACUGAUGACACUCCGGUUUCCAAAGAUAAGUUGUUAACUGAUGACACUCCGGUUUCCAAAGAUAAGUUGUUUAUAAUCCUGGUACCUUUGAUAACUAUUUACUGA